UAAGUAGCAGUCAUUCGCAUUGCCAUUUAAACUCUGAAUUGGAAAAUUGUCCCAGGAUAAUCCUGCUGCUGCUGCUCAGUAUUUUUCAGCACACACCUUAAAUAAUCAGGAAAAAAAAGGCAUUUUAGUUUUCUAUAAAGAGCGUGUAUGUUGGUUCAGUGAUAUCCCUGAGAACUGUGUCUGCUUGAACAACAGUGCUGGGCUCUGCCAAAGCACACCAAAGGAUACAUUCUUUGUUCCUGUGCUAUUGAACACUUAAAAUUAACACUUCUGUGUUUUUACUUGUUACAUUGGCACCUAAAUUCAAAGGAUGUAAUUGAAGUGAACAGCGUUAGGAAGGAGAAAUCUGGUUGGCAAAACCUCUUUAUGCUUUUAUGCGGUGAACUUAUUCGAGAACUAUUGUACUAGUGUAAGGAAAUAAAGUAAUAUUUUUGCUUUGUUGGAUUUUUUUUUUUGUUGUUCUAAAUGAACAUACUAAUAAAUAGCUGCAGGCAGCCGUUUGUUGCAAGUGCAGGUUCUCUUGCUUUGAGCUUUUGGCUGCUUUUUCCUCACUCAGUUUCUGUGUGGAAACAAUGUGGAACACCAAAAACCAAGGUAAGGGUGUAUUUUUAAAUAUAAUAUGUUUUCUACAUCUCCUAAUCCUGGGGGUUUUUUUUCAGAAUAGGUACAGCAUAGACUCAAAAACUAACAACAAACGCUAUUGUUUUAGUAUCUGUUACUUUUAAAUAUGAAUUGAAGGAAAAGUGUUACAACAAAAAUAACCUCCAAAAAACCACAGAAGUCCCCACCCCUUUGGGUGGCUGAAGUAAGGGGCACAGAUUACCUGAGCUUUGAUCUGUGUUGGGAGGUCUGAAGAGCCAAACCAUUUGCUUGCCAAUCAGAUUUUACAUUCAGUGCCUGUCAUCAGGCACUGAUGAUGCCUGUAUUGAGAUUUUUAAAAGCAAAAUAUUACUGAAUAAUCCUUCACGGUUCCAUUGUAAUGGCAUCAGACUCCUGCAUGGAUAGAGGGGUGUCAGGGCUAAGGUUGCAGAUGCUGAGGAAAAGCAGUCCUUAGAGGUACAUCUGCAAGUAUUGCUGUUGAACUGCACUGCUUCAACCAUCUGAUCUCCUCUACGAGAGCUGUCAUUCCCACAGCCAAGAGCAAAAAUCUCCUCCCUUACAAAAACACCAGCCAGCACCAGAGACUUCUUGCUUUGAGAGGGUGGUGGUGAGUUUCGCUGAUCAAACCCCCUGGAUCCUUACUAAUUCAAUUGCUGCUUUGCCUCACAAAAUUGGCAAAAGCUGAUCUUUUAUUAACCUGUUCUUCUCAUUCUCUCUUUCGGGCUUUGAGUGGGGAGGUAAGUGCUGUGGUGUGGCCCCCUCAACUUUCUCAAUGGUCUUUUAGGCAAAGCCAAUGAAGUGGAGAUGAAAAAUGAGAUUUUGGAGGAUGUGGGGAAAAGAGAAAUCUUGCAGAAUACUGAGCAUGAGGAGCACAAAGAGGAGUCUGAGGAGGAGGAGGAAGUGCAGACAUUGCAUGCUGCUGAAAAUGCAAAGGCAGAACAAAUGGUUGAAGAACAGGACGCCCUGCCAGCAGUGAUGCUACCAGAGAGUAGGUUUGCAGAGCAAGCCCAAAGCCUCACAGAACCUGUGUCAGGGAGCACUUCUUCAAACAGUGACAGUGACACAGAUGACUUGAGAAAGGUCACAGAGUCCAGGGACACAGCAGUCCAACAGCUUGAGAGCACAGAGGCUGAAAACCAUGACUUGAGUGCAAGGACAAAUAAGCACCUGGAGCUGGGCUCUCUGCAAGGCCACCCGGUUUUUGAGCCUCCUCAGGAAAUGUUUUGUGACGCAGGUACGGAGCAGGAGCUGGGAGAAGCUGCACCCAACCAGGAGGAACAAGAGGAUCUUGAAACCAGGCAUGCCCUGAGUGAUGAUGGAAUGGAUGAAGGAUCUGACAGUACAAGUGAGAGCAGUGAGUUGGUUUCUAAGCAGGCAGGGCUACCUGAGGGAGCAGUGGUAGGCUUGCUUAGGGAAGAGGGAAAUGUGGAGAGUUCCACUCCAGAGCAACCCCAGCACUCAGAAGAAAGUGCUGGAAAAAAGGUUGCAAAUGUCUUGGAGGAAAAGUUUGUUGACUGUACUGAUGGGAGAGGUGAUAAAACAGCAGGUGACAGAGCUGAAGAAGAAGAUGAAGUUGGGAACACAGUUCAGGGUCAGCCGAGGGAAGCUGAGUCUGUGGGUUUGGAGGGGACAGAGCCACGUGAAAGGGAUGUCCCAGCAGAGCCACUUGGAAAGGAAGGUGGAGAACAUCAGGCAUUGAUCCAACCAGAUUCUUCAGAGGACAGUGCUUCAGCAUCCCCAGAGGAACUAGGUACACAAGGUAAAACUGAAGAUGAAACUGCUACAGCUGAGAAGGAUGGACAGAAAGAAGAACUGACAGAAGAGCUGGAGAAGUGUUCAGGUUCUGCUGAAACAGGCGAGCAAGGUGUGGCCUCUGUGGAGGCAGGAGGCUGCAUUCCUGGGGGAAAGGGAGAUGAGCUGCAGCAGGCACAGCCAGGAACAGAGGUUGUGAGAGAGGUGACCACGCAGGAAACCCAUUUAGACCCGAGUCUUUUAGAUGAUGAAGUUAAGGAGUCAGAAUUGGAAACAGGGGAUGAGGCCAGGGAAGGGCAGGAAAGUAGGACAGAAUGGGUAGAAGAUCUGAAUCCAAAGGCAGAGGUUCAAUCAAGUCAGUGUAGUGAAGAAAAAGCAGAUUGUACAGAGGAAGAGAAAAAUGUUCCUUUAGAGGGUGAGGCGCAGGAGGUGGUUAAACAAGUAGAAGGUGAAUCUAAAGAGGAGUCAGGUGUAGAUGUUACUGUAACUACUGAAAACAAAGCCAGUAAAGAAACACUGAGAGAAAAUGAGCAAGAGGUAGAGCUUGCAGACCACCCUGGUGGGGAAUUUGCUUCUGAGGAAGGUGCAAAUAAUGCCCUGGAACAGAAACCUGUGCAGGAUGAAAACAUUGGUGAACAAGUGAAAUUGGAGGAAGGUGCAAAUAAUUCCCUGCCACAGAAACCUGUGCAGGAUGAAAACAUUGGUGAACAAGUGAAAUUGGAGGAAGGUGCAAAUAAUUCCCUGCCACAGAAACCUGUGCAGGAUGAAAAUAUUAGUGAACAAGUUAAACUGGAGGAAGGUGCAUAUAAUUCCCUGCCUGAGAAACCUGUGCAGGAUGAAAAUAUUAGUGAACAAGUUAAACUGGAGGAAGGUGCAAAUAAUUCCCUGCCACAGAAACCUGUGCAGGAUGAAAAUAUUAGUGAACAAGUUAAACUGGAGGAAGGUGCAAAUAAUUCCCUGCCACAGAAACCUGUGCAGGAUGAAAAUAUUAGUGAACAAGUUAAACUGGAGGAAGGUGCAAAUAAUUCCCUGCCACAGAAACCUGUGCAGGACGACAUUAGUGAACAAGUGAAAUUGGAGGAAGGUGUAAAUAAUUCCCUGCCUGAGAAACCUGUGCAGGAUGAAAAUAUUAGUGAACAAGUUAAACUGGAGGAAGGUGCAAAUAAUUCCCUGCCAGAGAAACUUGUGCAGGAUGAAAAUAUUAGUGAACAAGUUAAAUUGGAGGAAGGUGCAAAUAAUUCCCUGCCAGAGAAACCUGUGCAGGAUGACAUUAGUGAACAAGUGAAAUUGGAGGAAAGUGUAAAUAAUUCCCUGCCACAGAAACCUGUGCAGGAUGAAAAGAUUAGUGAACAAGUGAAAUUGGAGGAAGAUGUAAAUAAUUCCCUGCCACAGAAACCUGUGCAGGAUGACCUUAGUGAACAAGUGAAAUUGGAGGACCAAGCAGAGGAAAGCCUGGAAGAUGAUGGUGAUGCAUUUGAUUUUGAUGAAGAGUCAAAUCAAAUAUUAGAAUAUGAUGAAAAAUGUGAUGGAGAGAAAGCUGAUGCACAGGGAGAAGAGGGUGAUGGAGCAAAUUAUGCUGUUGGAAGAACUGCUCACACAGACAAAGCUGGAGAGGGAACAGACAACAUGGAAACCAAAGAUGCCUUGACCAAAAGUGAAGUCCUGCAGCAUAAAAAAGAUGAGCCUGAAGAAGCAGGGUGCUUGCAAGGGGAAGCGUCGGGGAAAGCUGAUGAGGUGGCUGAUGUAGAGGAAGAUGAAAUCAAAGUAUCAGAUUCUGGUAAAGUGGGAAAAUUACAGGAUCGAGAUGUUUUGGAACAGGAUUUGGAAAGUGCUUUCAUUAAGAGGGCUGAAAGCAGGGAGGAUUUGCAGGUUGGUAAAAGGAGUAAGGGCAGAUCCAGAGAUGACUGUACAAUCUCCUGAGUUCAGAAUCUCAAGCCUGCAUGAGUUCCAUGCCCUGUGAGCAGUCCCAGGACACAAACAUGCACUUUGCACAAGACAUCAGACCUUGGAAUACUCUUAGAGCUUUGUCUUUGUAGGUAACUCAGCAUAAAGCACGGAUGUGGUGAUGAUGCAAGUAUUAAGUUAUUCACUGUUGUACCCAGCCGCAAGAAAUUGUGAGUGGGUUUGGUUUUGCUGUGUCUCAGGUUGAAAGCUUAUCACCUAAUGAAGAAGCUUCACAACUUGACUAUUCAAACUAUUAUGCAAUUAAAGUACCUCUAGUGUGGAUAGCUGCUCCUGGGGAAUUGCUAUAGGAUUUUUUUUUUGUUUUUAAUUCUAGCCUAGUUGAUCAAUAUCUUGAAUGUACAUUGGGCCUUUGUGAACUUUUAUGCACAGUAUGCUUACUUGUACUUCGAUCUACGGCAAGUACAUUAGCUCUUCGUGAAGGAACUCAGCAGGUCAGCCACACUGAUGGUGAAACUUCUUUCAGAAUGCUUAAAGCCUAUGAACCAAUCUCUUAUUUUUUUUUAAUAUGAAGAAAAAAGAUCUUGUCAUUCCACUUUGUGUGUAUUUCUUUAUGGCCGUAUUCCAAAAUAUAGUUAGAUCACUGUGAAUCUGCUUAGUCUGAGCACUUUGGAAGAGCAAUCCACAGUUUGGAGAAAGUGCAACAUGCAGGUCUUAGUUUGCUGAAAGGAAUAAAUAUAUGCACGUUUACUUCACCUAGGCACUUUGCACCACAACAGGCCUUUUACACCAUGUCUCACAUGGGGUUUUUAUUUUUUUUUCCAGAGAAAGUGUCAAUACACACUGUAAGGUGUGCUUAGGUUUGCUACCAAGUACUGUCUAGAUAUGAAUAUAUAAAAUAUCUAUUUUUCCAAGAAGAUUUUUGUUUAAAAUUGCAUUUGCUUACUGCAUUAUUUUAUUUUUUUUUUUUGCAAACUCUUGAUUCUGAAAGAAUGUUUUUAUCUCCGAAACAAAUCUUAUCUCUUUCCUUCUGGAAAGAAGAUAACUUAGCAUGUCUUAACUCUUGCUGGAUAUCAGACCAAAGAUGACUGUUGUUUUGUGUACUACCCCCCCUGUGCCUUUUGGAAAAGCUGGAUUGCUUUGAAUUACUGGCAUAAAUUAGGCUCUUGGACUCCCUUGCUGCAUUUCCUCUUGCAUCUCUGCUAGUGAGGAAGAGCAUGUUUUGCAUGUAUGAAUAUUCAUUUAAAGUGUUAAGCAAUGAACGUCCCAAGGGACUGCAGAUCGAGGGGGGUGUGGGCUAUGGAAGGCUGUAUUUGUGUUGAUGUUACAAAGUUGUCAGAGCACAGACAAACUGCAAAAUUUGAAGAUGUGUAUCAAAAUGUACUGCUGUAUAUAAUUUAAAUAAACAUAUUUUAUACUUUAAAGUA